AUGGCAGACGACUGGCCGUUCCUACAUCUCAACAUCGUCUCACCUCCUAUCGACCGCAUGGGGGCUAACGAAGAGCAGGAACUGUCACUCCUACCGUUCGAUUCCUCCCAUCUCGAAGCCUGGACCAACAUCAACUUCCAAUUCGACGAGUCACCCGUCGUCCGAUUCGAUAACACCAACCAAUCAACCAACAACUUCAGCCUCGAUCCCCUUUCAAACUCAUCGACAAUCGACACAAGCAUACCAUCCUCCUCUUCCCGAACUCAUUCCGAGAAGAACUUUGACAGCAAUCUAGCUAUCUCCAACCCAUUCAGAGCCUCUAGCAAGCUCUCAUUUCCGCUACCAAACGAACACAGUAUCCCUCCGUUCCUGGACGAUCCAAGCGUUCUGGCCAAUUCCCAUGAGCUUGCCUACCUCUCCCAGGCACCUCCCCUUUCAACCUCAGACCAGUCAAUCGGUAAUCUGACCUCAAACAACCGUCAGGCCAUCAUCGAGCCGACUUCUAUCGACAACCACAACGGCAAACCAGCAGUCUCCCCAAACGCAUCGAAAUUCGCCACUCAUGACCAGCACUCUUCACCACAAAAACAUGACACUUCUUCCCCUGCCAACAACAAUGACAGUAACGGCAGUAACAUCAGCAGCAGCAAUAACAACCAGAGCGCCAACGAUGAUGAUGACGCCAACCGAGUAGCUUAUGAUGAGGAUAAACGUCGAAGGAACACUUUAGCCUCAGCUAGAUUCAGAAUGAAGAAGAAAAUGAAAGAACAGGAAAUCGAGCGGACUGCGAGAGAGAUGCGAGAGCGGGUCUCUGAUCUUGAGAAGCAAGUUGAUAGUCUUAAGCAAGAAAAUAAAUGGUUGAGAGGCUUAAUUGUUGAUUCAACCGCUUCCAAAUUAGUCUCUGCACAAGUGCAAGAGACGGCGGAACUGAGCCAACUUGACUCGACCUCUGGGAAACGACCGAGGCCGACGCUUAGCCCGACGAGCGACUCGAUUAAUGUGCCUGUCAAUUACCAAAAGCGAUCGAGGCUCAACUCCUCUUCGACGUCUGCGACUACUAACAGCAAAAGUGGUACCUCAUUCUAA